UGAUGGCAUAGAGUUGUGCUGUCGGGUUUAUCGUCGCUUUAACCACAUUAUUUUCAUGUUGGCUAUUUUCGUUAAGGAAACUGUUAAUGAUACCUAACUAUAACUAACAAGUGAUAUGAUUUUUAAAUUAAUCUUUUAAAGAAUUUUGAUUCUUGUCAGUCUAAAGCAAACUUUAGAAAGCAGCAGAAAACUUGGGUUAUGUUGUAAUAGAGAAAUCUGACAAGUGUAGUUCGUCGUUUUACAUACAGCUUUUGCUAGUAUACCUGUUUAUUAAGGAUGGACUUAAUAGCAGAGAAUGUUGCCCGUAAAGUGUGGUCAUAUAAUGAAGACGUUUCGGGAUGGACUUUGGCAAAGAACUCUAAUGGUAUCACGGUGUCAUGGAAACCAUCCGGAGAAUACGGAGGAAAUUUAUACCGUGGUGAGGGAAUUAUUGAAGAUACUCCUGAAAACGUCAUUCCUUUUAUGUAUCUACCGGAAAACAGACUGAAAUGGGACAAAGCCCUGAAGUCUUACUCAAUUUUGGAGUGGAUUGAUGAGGACACUGCAAUUUGCCAUACAAUCACCCACAGUUAUGGCAUGGGAUUGAUUUCUUCCAGAGACUUUGUUGACAUUGUAAGGAUCAAAAGAUAUGAUGGAGGAAUCGUAACUACAAACUCGAUCAGUGUUGACUACCCACAAUGCCCUCCAUCUUCAGCUCAUGUCAGAGGAUGCAAUAAUCCCUGUGGAUACGUGUGCUCUCCGCUGACAGAGAAUCCAGACCAUUCCAAGCUGGUGGUGUUCAUCCAGCCGGACCUGGGAGGAAUGCUGCCCCGCUCUGUGGUAGAGUCAGCGCUGCCCAAUAAUGUCAUCAACCUGAUCAGCGAUGCCAGAGCUGGAAUAAAGGCACGGGGAUAAAAAAUGUGCUGGACAUUUCAACAAACGAGAAAGGGAACAAACACCUUGGUGUAUUCACCAUAGGUUUAGGAAGAUACCUAUCCCACUGUCUGUACUGUAAUUUAUCACAUCUGAAAAUAUAUAGUAUAAUGAAAUACUUUGGCUUACUUUUCUCUGUUCAGCGGCGAUUUCCAGCAUUUAAGCAUGAGUCUUUAGAUCAAAAAGUCUUUGAAGGUGUGUUAAUCAGGUGUGUCCAAACUUUUGACUUGUACUGCAUACAGUAUAUUUGCAUGCUGACACAAUCGGACCUCUUUGUAUAAUUCUUGGUUGAUCAUGCCGUGGUAAAUGUGUGUGUAAGUUUUCCUGAACAGAACAUGCCAUGAUUAAGGUGAAACAAUCAUAGGGUGUUCAGAUUAAUUCCUUUAUCUAAUUCUUAUUAUCUUUAUCUUUUUGUCUGUUUACAAAAGAAUGGACCUUUAGACCACCUAAAUGAUUUUAGUUAAUUAUAUGUAGGUCUGUGUUUUCAAAGUGAUCUGUUUGAAACUUUUUUGGAACUUUUUAGUGUGGCCUUGUGCAAUAAAUACUUACUAUUGCAUAUGUGUGCCACUGCAUUGUGUAUAUACUGUCUAAUUCUACAAAUCUACAAAUCCAAACAAAACAAAAGCAUACAGUAUAACUGAUUCUGGAUUAUCAGUCAAUCAGAUCAUGCACUGUAAGUGAACACUGGUUAUAAAAGUUUAUGUUUUGUACAGGCACAUUUUUGUGUGUCUCCACCCCUCCCUUUAACACCAAAACAGUAAAGAGGAAGGUGGACAGCUGAGAAAAAUGAAUAAACAAGCAUAGGAAAAAUAUUUACUUUAAUCACUGAAUACAAAAUAAGACUCAUAACAAAUUACUUGUGGUUUUUCAGUUUGUUUACAAAAGGGGAUGGUGUUAAUACUCACUGUAAAGGUCCAAAUGAUUGACAGGUCAUUUAGAACAUUUGGACAACAUUUUAAUUACUUUAUUCAAUUAGAUUUAUUUAAUGAGCCUUUUGAACUGAAUGAAGCCUUUGAUUAUCAAAGUCUGCUAUGUUGUUUUGUGAUUAAAAUGUGGAUAACCACUUCUACAUAAGGGAUUAAGAGAUUUUUACUGAAUGACAUACCGAUCAAACAACAUUUCUCUCUACUUUUGAAAUACCCUCAGCAAUAAGCACUACAAUGUAUGCUUAUGUCAGCUUAAGAAAUUU